UGUGUGUGUGUGUGUGUGUGUGCACGCAUAUGCAGAGGGUCUGACAGCAGCAGGAGGAGGGGAUCCUAGCAGCGCCACUCCUGCUGUAGUAACCACACACACACACACACACACUCUGAUUACUUCACUGCACCACUCCACCGGAGGAGCAGCGUGAGCAACAGCAACGGCAGCAGCAAUUGGCUCCCUCUCUUACUGCAAGACACUAGCGUGGUCCUCCCUCCCUCUCCCUCUCUCUCUCUCUAUCCCUCCUCCUCCUCUGGAUCCCUCUAUCAUUGUGAGACCUGCGCACGCAGCACAGCACAGCACAGCGCAGCGCAGCACAGGAACUCUGCACUCUGCGUUAAGGGGACGCCAGCCGGGCUCUCUCUCUCACUGCCUCUGCAUGACUGUCACAAAGAUGUCAUGGCGCCCGACAUACCGAAGCUCCAAGUUUCGAAACGUGUAUGGCAAAGUGGCCAACCGGGAGCACUGCUUCGACGGCAUUCCCAUCACAAAGAACGUCCAUGACAACCACUUCUGCGCCGUCAACGCCAAGUUCCUCGCCAUUGUCACCGAGAGCGCUGGAGGAGGCUCCUUCAUUGUCAUCCCUGUUUCCCAGUCAGGACGUAUUGAACCUCACUAUCCUAAGGUUUGUGGUCACCAAGGCAAUGUGUUGGACAUCAAGUGGAAUCCUUUCAUCGACAACAUAAUCGCCUCCUGCUCUGAAGACUCUUCUGUGAGAAUAUGGGAGAUUCCCGAGGGAGGACUGAGGCGAAACAUGACGGAGGCUGUGUUGGAGCUAUAUGGCCACAGCCGGCGGGUGGGCCUGAUCGAGUGGCACCCCACAACCAGCGGCAUCCUCUUCAGCGCUGGUUAUGACUACAAGAUCUUAAUCUGGAACCUUGAAAUCGGAGAGCCGGUGAAGAUGAUUGACUGCCACUCGGACGUGAUCCUCUGCAUGUCCUUCAACACGGACGGCAGCUUGCUGGCGACGAGCUGCAAGGACAAGAAGCUGCGUGUGAUUGAGCCUCGAUCUGGCCGAGUCUUACAAGAGGCUAACUGUAAAAACCACAAAGUAAACCGGGUGGUGUUCCUGGGCAACAUGAAGCGACUGCUGACAACGGGGGUGUCUCGUUGGAACACUAGACAGAUUGCAUUGUGGGAUCAGGAGGAUCUGUCCAUGCCCAUCGUCGAGGAGGAGAUCGAUGGGCUGUCAGGGCUGCUCUUCCCCUUUUACGAUCCAGACACACACAUGCUGUAUCUGGCCGGCAAGGGAGAUGGGAAUAUUCGUUAUUAUGAGAUCACCUCGGAGAAGCCAUACUUGAUGUAUCUGAUGGAGUUUAGAUCCCCAGCACCUCAGAAGGGACUAGGUGUGAUGCCAAAGCAUGGCCUUGAUGUGGCAGCCUGUGAAGUAUUCCGGUUCUAUAAGCUGGUGACGCUGAAGGGCCUGGUCGAGCCCAUCUCCAUGAUCGUGCCUAGGAGGUCCGAGACGUACCAGGAGGACAUCUAUCCCAUGACCGCCGGGACAGAGCCGGCCAUUUCAGCUGACGAGUGGUUAAGUGGGAUCAACAGAGAUCCUGUCCUCAUGUCUCUGAAAGAAGGCUACAGCAGGCCCAGCCAGCUUGUCUUCAAAGCCCCUGUAAAGGAGAAGAAGAGUGUUGUGGUGAAUGGGAUCGACCUGCUGGAGAACGUUCCACCCAGGACAGAAAAUGAGCUCCUACGGAUGUUCUUCAGGCAACAAGACGAGCUGCGUCGGCUGAAGGAGGAACUCACCCAGAAGGACGUUAAGAUUAGACAGCUAGAGCUGGAGCUGAACAACCUGCGGAACAACCCCAAUAACAUCUGAGCAGAGGAGGGUGGGGCCUCGGGGGCAGUGCCUGCCUGGCCAUCUGUGUGAUAUCUCUCCGAGCCCCUGGCACUGCCGAAUCCAACAGCAACGUGCCUCCCUCCUCUCCUUUUAGCAUGCCCAGCAGGGGCAUUUGUUUUCACUAGGCGAUGCCCCUUCCCUGGCGUGUGCUCCAGAAACUUCUUCAGGGGUAGAGAGAUCCCCCUCCUCGUGAACCCGAGCUAACUUCUCCCUCUCCCUCGCCCACUGCCACUUGUGCUGUGGGGAGCUCCAUCUCCCACUGAGGAGCUGUGUGAGAGAUCUGCACCCAUGGGUGUGCAUGUGAACUGUGUAAAGAGGGAACACAAAUAUGUUUUACUACAGGGCUUUGCUUUUCCUUUUCCCCCAUGAGUGUAUCAACUGCAGAAGUUGACAUCUGGAUUUGAAUGGCUUUCAUCAGCCAUAUUAGCCUGUUUCUGAAGGUAGAUGAUUUUCCGUCUCUGUAUCUUCAACCUGCCUCUAAAAUAGUAGUAUUUUACUUUUAAUAUGGUAAUUAUUUAUUUUGAUAUGCUCUUUUGUUUUAGGCUCUGUUCUUUGUAGUCGAGUUCAUCUCAGUAAAUAUUUACAGACAACAAAGAAUAGUACUGUAAUUUACAGGUAUGUCUUAGUUAUUCCUCAAGAGCUAAGACUCUGAAAUGAACUGUGUCGGUGAUGUAUCUUUUUGGUUAGAAUCUUCAUUGGAGACCAGUGCCAUGUGCCAAGACCAAGGUAAUGUUGUUAACAUGUUGGUGUGCAAACCAUAUCUCUCAAGGAAAUCACUGAAUCUGGCCUCCGCACAGUGAACUCAAUGAAGUAAUGCAAGGUUUGUUCUGUAUGUGUGAGCUUCUUCUUUUAACCGUAUAAGUGAGAAAGCAAGAGUGUUUUUGUCAGUUCUGACAAAACAAACACAACCUUAGAGAGAAUUGUAAUGGUAUUUCCUUAGUAGAGCUAGUCAUAGAGAAAAGUUAGGUUUCCCAUAUAAAGAAGUAGAAUGCAGUAAUACCGUAUAAAACACUGAAACAGAUAGAUAUGGACCCUUUCAAGAGAGUUCCAUUAUCAGCAUCAUAGUUGGCCCCACAAGACUUCCUUUUUAACAUUCCAUAUGUUAUCUUAAUGCAGAGGAAGUAGAUUGGGGCCCAAAUAGAACGUUCAAACUUUGUUUUUGUUUUUAUUGUUGAAAGGGUCUAUAGAUGGCCAGACUGGUUGUAGUGAGGCUGAAUGUUUUAAAUUGAGCUAAGUAAAAUGAUGAGUUUUUUGGUCACCCUACAAAACUUUUUUUCCUUACAGCUUCAUACAUCAGUUGCAUUUAACCUUAGAUUUAAAUGUGGGCUCAGUUCCUGAAGUCAAAAGGGAAAUCUUUAUCCUGCCGUCAAUAACACCUCUCAGUGCAGUCACAGCAUCAGAGUUUAACCAUCAAAAUCUCUUAUGUGCUAAUUAUUUGUCCUGAAUACAUCACCGAACUCGUACUUUUGUGUGCAAUGCAGGUUUAUGUUGGAUUUGUAUGCACACAGUCUUCUGUUGGCAAAAAGUAAGUAAGUGUGUGUUAUUUUAUUGCCAGUUAAUUUACAAUCCUGAAACUUUGGUAGGUGUUUUUAGAAGUUCGUCUUGAGAUUUUACAUAUACAAAUGUGUGUCUGUCAUAAAAGUUUCCCCAGCUCACUGAAAGAACCAUUCCUGUUUGCUGAUGAUAACCACUUGUUUCGUAGAGGCAGAGGUAAUUGGUGGAGGUCGAGGUCACUGGUGGAAUGAGCAGCUUGGAUGAAAGGGGGGGGCAAAGCAGGUUACUCUCUGCGUGGAAUACACAUUGACGAUAUGCAUAACAUUGCCCACGUGGCCCAUUGUCACCAAUUUGUGAGAGCAUCCACAGCGGUGUCUGGCGGUGAGUUAAGCAGGAUGGUUGUCGUAGUUGCUUCUUUUAAAUUCGAAGACUGAGCUCAAGUUAGUUAGGACCGAUCACCAGGUGAAACCACUGCACCUCAACACAACAUGUGCUACUAAAGUACACCCUAUAACCCCGUGAUGCUGAUAGGCCUAAACUGUUUUGUGUAUAUAAACGUGUACGUACAGUAUGUCCUUGUUUGUCUCAGAAGUUGAAAGAUUUCAUAGUUUCCUAAGUUUCCCAGCUUCUGGCAGGUCUUAAAGGAUAUAAAGCCAACAACCAUGUAUCGCUAAAAAAAACAAUGAUGUGGUUGAGUAUUAAAAUAAUUCUCACAGUAA